UCUAUACUAUAGUUUAAAAUUAAUUAUUAAUAUAUAUGAGUAUAAUAAAGUAAGAAAAUAUAGAUAUUUAAUAUUAUGUACACUGUAUGUAUAUUUACCAUUUUAAGCAUUCUAGAAGCAGGAAACAUAAAAAUUGGACAGCCAACAGUUCAAUUUUUUCACGUCGUGUUACGAGAGGACUUUCUUGAUCGACUGUGACCGCGUGUCACGGAGGGAGAGAGAUCGCGAGAUACAUCUGGACCAGGACGAUCGGACACGUCUCGGCCUUCUUCGAGACGAAAGAAACGAGAGAAGGGGGAUGACCGGUGGACGCUGCGCGACACGCAUUGUACGCCGGACCCACGUGCACGCGCGAGAGGCAGCAGCUCGUCGAAUCACCAGCUGCCGAUUCGCCGAGUCGACUCCUGGAAGCACGGGAGUUGAUCUAAAAUUAGCGGUCCCCGACAUGGCACCCCCGCCUAGCCCUUACAUGGCCACGUUACGGGCAUACACUCGGCUACUUCGAAGGAGAGAGAGAUAUAGAGAGAGAGAGUUGGGAGAAAGAGAGGAGAGAAAAAGGGAAACAAUAAUAAUCGCAGCCUACCCGGCACGAGUUGAUCACGCGCGAGAUCUAGCAGCUGGAACUCGUCGACGUCCGGCAUGAUUGGACCUUACUCCAGGAACGAUUGGCGGAAGCUUAUGUUAGCGAAAUUUAAAAGGAAACUUUGCAUUGUGAAGUAAUGGCAAUUACGAAAAAGAAUGAAGAAUUUCAUUACUUUUUACACAGAGAAAGGAUCUAUUUUUUUUAUCUUCAACUCACAUUUAUUACGACUAAACACGGCUAUCUAAUACUGAUUCUUUGAUUAAUUUGAAUACCCAAAAUAUCAAACGUAAAGCUGUAUAGCAUAAAACUGUACAAAGUAUUAGAAUCUCUUUUUUAUCACUGUACGAGACAGGAAGUACCGUACGGGUUAGCAAUGAACCACAUGGCUCCCGGAUGAAUGAACGGUGUAAUGAACGAUGUCAUGCCAUAUCCAAGAUAACGCGUUAAUGUGCUGGAAAAGUUCUCAAUGAAGUACUGAUUAAUAUCAAACACACGUGAGAUAACAUUUAAUCUUAUUUAAUUUUUAUUACUUCCUUGAUUGAUGAAUCGACUUUUUAUCCUCAUUAUUUUAUAUUGUCAUAAAUCAAUUAAACAUUUAAAUAAAUAGUUAUUCGUGUAUUGUCUCUCAUUAUACAUGAAUAAUUUAUUUCAACUCUAUUUUGCUUUUCUUUUUUUUUUUAUUCUGAUAUUUAUAAUUCUAAUAUAAAUAAAACGAACUGUUUGACAUCUUCUAAUUGUAUAUGGAAGGAGAUUGUAAUAAAUAUAAUGUGCUCAAAUCCGCCUUAAUAGAAAGCAUCCGGAGGGUUGAAAAAUAGAGAGCUGCUGGUCUCUCGCGUGCGGUUCGAUUAAUCGCAUUUCGCGGAUCUCCAUCCUAAGUUCAUCGUACCGGGUACAUCGUUGGUAUAGGCUCGCCUAACAUUGAAAUGAGAGAUCCUUUGCGGACUCCUUGUAGGAGGAACGAACCCCGUUCCGCAGUACAUCUGCGUCGAGCGGAUGCAGACUGCAUUUUAUGGCCGCCCAAUGCACAACCGAUUCUUAUUCGUGCACCCGCACUCACACCCUCCAUCGUUCUCCGCUGAGCACGCAGUACAACGACUUCUAUAAUUAGAUUUCCUUCCUUCUUUUGGAUUUAGACACCUUCGCGGCCGCGAGUGAUCUUUUGACCUGCGAAAAUUAAAAGGAAGAGAUUCGAAGAAUAUUGAAAUAUUUCAGCUUUCCAAUCGAUAUUGAUGUACAUGAUUUCUCAAUUAAAUAAUUUAUUGUUUAUUUUCUUCCAACUAAAUUUGAAAAUUAAUGGAAUAAUUACACUUACCAAAAAGCACACAAAGAAAUUAAUGGGAUAAUUUAAUGUCUCUAUUGUAAUUUAUUAUCUUUUUUAUAUUGAUCGUGACUUAAUCGAUGAUCCACAGGUUUGGACGCGAUGUUACGACGGCUUGAAAGGACCACGCACUCUGCGUGUCAUAGGUUUCACUUCGGCUAUUUCGAACAGGUUGCGCUCGUAUCUAUUUUUCGAUCAUUGGCAUCGGUAGGAUCCACGGAUUCUUGCGCUGUCGACGACAGUAGAGAGGCUCUGAUUUAUGAUAAUUGCCCGGAAACCGACAAUCGUCACAAGAGCCACGCUUCCUGUCACGCUGUGCUUUCGUCAAUGGGUGAGAGAUAAAUUGGUGAGGUACGAUUUCGAAAUUAGUAUUUCUAGAUCGUAUAAAAAUAUCAUUGUGCAAUAUCUUACUAGAAACUUGUCAAAUGAGGGAUUAAUGUUCAGACUGUACGAUAAAAAUUACAAUUGAUUAAUUUAAGUAGAAAAUCAUAGCGAAAUAAUUUCACACAGUUAUUUAAUUGAUUAAAAGACUUAGUGUUCAAAGAACUCAUGUUUAUAGAUCUAGAAACUUAUAGUUUAUAGAUUUAGAAUAAUUUUAAAAAUUUUUAAAUUAAAAAUUCUAAUUUACAGUUUUUGAAGCACCUCUACAAAAUCAUAACUUGUGUAGUUUAUAUGAAUUAAAGCAAAACGAAAGAUUUGUUGCAAAUAUUUUAUAUACCUCUUUGAAAUCUCUUUACUGAAAAAAAAUCUAUCGAUUCUUAUAUGUUAUGACGCCUUGGCAAGUCGAAUCCGUCCCUGAUCUGCAUGCAAAUACGAGCUAAACUUAGAGAUGUCCGAUUUCCCUCGUUACGACAGAUCGCAUUUUCGUCUUCAUCGACCUUAAUCAUCUUUUUCUAGCUUCGAUCUCUAAGUCAUUUUUGAGUCCCAGAGAACACAACGGCGGCAAGGUACAAAUUCGGUACCUUUGGGCCUCAAAGUGUUAAGAUAACACGGCUUAACGGACGCACCGACUCGUGGCUGGAUUCUUCAAUGGGCCACUAGAAAGAAGAGUUUCUGAAUGGGCACGCACACGCAUCCGAAACGCGUCACGCACGUAUAGCGCGAUAUUCCCGUGGAUCUUAUAGCGUUUACCCACAUUUUCGACGAAAGUGUAAUUUUUUCGUGAUUUUCAUGAAACUUUGCUUAAGGCAAAAUAGAAUCAUCGGUCUACCAUUUAUCUGCGUACAGUGGUGUAUUGUUCUCCCCGUUCGCUCGCCUAAAAACAGCAACAAUGCGGCGGAACAUAAUCGAGGCGCACGCAACGCCUAUUCCUGCAUAAUGAUUCACGUACCGUGAAUAGAGAAUGGUCAUUAAGCUGCGUCGCCCGGUGUCAUUGCACCCUAGAUCCUAGAGGACGUAUAGGGGAGCCGCUAAGGAAAGCGCAGACGGAAAAGUUGGAGGUACACGUAAACGGCUGAAAAUCUUGACGCCUUGGCACCCGGCCAGAUCUCUUCGCAGCUUAUCUUCGGCCCUCGUCUUCUUCAUCCCUCAUCCUCCGGUGGGCGCUCUUCUGCGAAAGGCGGUCCACACCGGACUUUUAUUCCGUUUUCCCGCCGAUGACUACACGACGCACUGUUUCGCGGAAGCGCCCGAUCGUCCUCGUCAUCGUAUUGCUAUUCUCGGAAUCUGGACGGUUUAAUAGGUAUGCAUGCGAAUAUAAUCAAACAUUUUGUAAAAAAAAAAUUGGAAGAAGUCAUUGGAAUUUACUCACGUCAUCACCAAACAAAAUUGAGAAACGAACGAGUUCGAGAAAAAUUCGCCAACUGACGAAUCUCGUCGCGAGAUUCUAGAUUCCAAUCUUCUCGGCCUACCUUGUCGCGCCUCGUGGAUGGCCGUGGAAUAGAAGAGAGGUGGUUUACCCGAAGACCACGACAGCUGCAUCGAGCCAGCGGGGCCUGAAAAUAGCACGACAACCCCAUGCCGAGGCCGCCGGAGGAGCGGCGAAGUCGAGGACACGCGUUUCGCGCAAAGAACGAGAUACUAUGCAGGCAGUGGGGCUUUUUGGUCGACGAUUGAAUGAAUGCCACGCGAGUUAGUCAGCGCCGCGGUGCUAAAUUCGGCGGACGCCUGGCGUCGCGCCAGAAGAACCACCCAGCGCACCAACCUGUGCUUCUACCCUGUAACCGCCGACGAAAUGGCGCCGUUAUCAUAUCUGCUCGCCAUCGUUUUCUCCGUUUAAAUAACGUCCAAAUAGAUAGACGAAUAAUGUUGAUUCUAUCAAAUUCUCCGAAUGUGCAGCUUAAGAUCCAUUGCUAGCUUAUUGUAUUUUUGUCCCUUGCUUUUUUGCAAAAAUUUAACAUUAUCAGAAGUAGACAAAUAGUUUUAAAAAUGUUUCGAAUUUUAGGAAUGAAAAGUAGAAAUUACACUGAGAGAAAAAUUAUUAAAUUUUGAUAAAUAUUUAUUCGAAUAUUACUAAUGAAAUAUUUAUUAAAUAUAAAUAUAUGUAUAUUUAUUUAGUUCAAUCACCAUUUAAUUAAAGUAUCAUUUUUUUGAUAGAAUAAAUAUUUAUGUACCGUCAAUAGUACGAGAUUGAAUGAUAGAAUUCAUUUUCUAAGGUGCAACAAAUAUACAUAUAUCAAUUAAAAUUUUAAUCAAAAUUAAAAUUGUCAUUGUAAAAAUUUAUAUGUAAAAACGUAAUCAAUUGUCUAAAAAGUUGUGAGUAAGAACUACUUAAAAUAAUAAUAGAUAAUAAUAGAUAUAAUAAUAGAUAUUAAAACAUUCAAUAGCUAAUUAUAAAUCUCUUCUUACAGUUUUUUACCGCGGCAAAUUAUGGAAGGAAUUAUCACGUAAUUACAGUAUCACGCUCACGCAAUUAAUUUCGCCAAUUUGCAUUUGAUUCAACGACUGCUGCAAUUGGCAAGGGUCUAAUAACGGACGACAAUAAGGGAUAACUUGUCGAGAGAAAAUAAGGGUAGUUAGCAACCACCCUGCGCGAGCCGCAGGGGCCGCCCGUGUCCCUCCCGCGCGGUCUUUUAUCCGUUCCCUCCUCCGCAUGCACUCGCCACGCGUGUCACACAUUGCCGACACACCAACGGGACGACCAUCACAUGCGCGGGAGGGAACCGGGCGGCCACGCUUCUGAGGCGCGUGCAGCUGAAGAAGAAGAAGAAGAGGAAGAAGAAGAACAAGAAGAUGACGACGACGACGAAAAGCGCCGCGGCAACGGCGGUGGCUGCGGCAACGAAGGAGGUGGAGGGCGAGGGAGGUUGCGCUGCUAUAUGUAGCCCCGAAUCUUAGCCGGGGCAACUAUUGCGCCCGAAAUUGCCGAAGCGAACGCAACCCCUGCUCCACUCGACAUACACGCUUCCGAAACGGAUCGUAUCUCUCUUGACAUCGUGACACACCGGUUCUACCCUCUCUUCGCGUAGUCUCCCCUUGAUUGUAGAUAGUAAUUGGUGCAACGAGUGUGCUAGUUUGUGCGCCUUGAAUUGAUAAGCAUGACUUGUGUGCUCUGAGGAGAAAAAUCGAAGAGACGAGGAAGAUGCCGCGAGCGUUUCUGAUCACGCAUCGCAGGUACAACGGUGUUGAAGAAGAGAUCGCAGGAUCUGAAAGAGAUUUCAGUCCGGAGAGGAGCGUAAGGCUGGCCGAUUACAGCAGCGGUCAACCAACUUCCGAUGGCGCCAGCGAGUGCGGCAGUGAGACGUCGUCCGAGUGCCCCGAGGAGCUGUACAACCUGACGAAGCUGGCGGAGGUGAGCCUGGCGGCGGCGGCGGGUACCUUGAUUCAUCACAACAAUGUCAUCUAUCAGCGUCCGGCGUCAUCCGGGAUUGCACAGUAUCCUGCGGAAGCGAGCAGGACCCUCGGGUCUCGACCUGCCGUCCAAGUGAUGGGAAACCAGAACCAAGUCCUAGGCGAACGGACGAAGCUCUUCUUCGAGCGGAUCGAGACCGAGAGGGAGAUCCUGGAGACUCAUUCCGAGGAGAAGGCUGCCUUGGAGAUUUGCCUCUCGCCGCGGCAUCCCUCCUGCUCCUCGCAGGAGGAAUCCUGUCAUUCGAAAGUACCGGUCGUCCCUGGUAUUGACGUCGAUCCGAUAUCGCUGCCUUCGACCGCGUCGAUCCAAGGUCGCAGGACAGCCGCCGUGGAGGCCAAACCGGAGGAUAAUGAGGAUCACGAGUGUCCCGACUGCGGCAAAAAGUACUCGACCUCCUCAAAUCUGGCUAGACAUCGUCAGACGCACAGGUCGCUGGGCGAUAAAAAGGCCAGGAGGUGCCCGCAUUGCGACAAGGUCUACGUCAGCAUGCCGGCGUUCAGCAUGCACGUGAGGACCCACAACCAAGGCUGCAAGUGCCAUUAUUGCGGCAAGUGUUUCUCCAGGCCGUGGCUGCUCCAGGGACACAUACGCACGCAUACAGGUGAGAAACCUUUCAAGUGCACCAUUUGCAACAAAGCCUUUGCCGACAAGUCGAACUUACGGGCUCACAUACAGACACACUCGAAUACCAAACCCCACGUGUGCGGUCGUUGUGGCAAGGCCUUUGCCUUGAAAUCGUAUCUGUACAAGCACGAAGAAUCAUCCUGCAUGCGUGCCCAUCACCGAUCGUCCACGGACAAGCCCGAGCAGAUCGAGCAGCAAAGAACAUCAUCGCCGGUAAAACCGAGUGCUCCCUUAUCGUCGUCCUUGAACAGAUCGCAGACGACGACGCCGUGUAUCACGGCGUCGCCCACCAGUGUCAUAGUUCCUCGACUAGGGCUUGAGCGUGACCAGAAAGACUCGCCGUCGGCGUUCUCCGCGAUCAUCAGGCACACCAGGACGUCAGACGUGUCCGCGGCGGCACCGUCGAAACGACCCUGCAGAGAGAAAACACCCUCGGACAAUUCAGAGGGGCAGAGCCCGGAUUUGGGGAUCAAGGAUCCAGAAUACGUGUCUAGAAUGGUCAUCAGAACGUCGGUGAUAUCACCCAAUCCGGAACACCUGCACCUCCGUUUCGAAAAUGACGUUAAGAGUUCCUCGACUACGUUCGAUUAUUCCGACCCGACGAGAUCCUCGUCCUUCUCGAGACCCGCCACGAUGACUUUGGCCAUCGCUUAAAAAUCGAUCGAUACUUAGCGAUCAAAUCGAGUCAAUCAAUCAAUAAAGAGAAUUCAGAUUUGACUUCGUACUUUAAAACGAAUUUUUUACAACAAGGAUUCUCUCGAGAUUCACGAAACUCGAUUGGAAAUUAUAAUCAAAUGGGGAUUCCAGGGUAUUCUAGAAUUUUAAACGUCUCUGUAUUUUGCAGGAAAUUAAAAGUAAGUUCAGAAAUUUCUUUUAUUUUUCAUUGGAAAAUUAUUGAUCGAAAUAUCAAUCAUAUCUCAUUAAAGAUUAUAACGAGGUAUGAUUAUAAUACGAGAUUAUAUUACCAAAAGAUAUAAUUGAAAAAUUGAAGAAGAAAAUUUGAAUUGUUAGAGUGAUUGUAUAGAAGUCACAAAGUUACCGAUGUUUCACUUAAUCAUAAACUUUUAAUUUAAAAUGUGAAUUUCUUUCUCAUUGAAAAUUUAAUUCAAAUUAAAACAUUAACUUUUACAUUAAUAUAUAUUGGUAACAGUUAAUGGACAAUUUCGAUGGCGUUUUCGCGUUAUCAAAGCUCUAAUAGCACAUAAUAUCAAAUAUCGUGAUAUCAUACAAAUAUACAUUAUAUGUUACAAUACAUUAUAUGAAUAUUCAUACGAUAUCUAGAAUAUUCAUCCUGGUAUCUUGUAUGCUGUUAGGGAGAUUAUUUACAAUUUUUACUAUUGACUGCUACUAUGAAUUUGUUUUAAUUCUAUAAUCAAACAAAGACUAUUUCUGGCAAUGCUGAAUAACAUGACGAACAUUAGCAAAGAAAUCGACAGAGUAUUGUGUGUGACAGAUAUUAUUCCAAGCAUCUUCCGAAUUAGGGACCAUCUAGCGAUUAAUUGUAAUAACGUUAAAUUUGUAAGUGUGUUUAAUUUACCACAAUUUGAUGUAAAGUCGUGCCUAUAUAGUAUCGGGUUGUGUUUUAGCACGCGCGCAACUCAAUACAGAAGUUCCGAACAGAAUUGGCAUGUACAGAUGAACGCGUGAAAAAGAUUUUCGAGAGCGUCUGUUAAACGCCAAACUCGUGACCUUAUCUAUUUAAAGGCGUAGCGUCGCUAUCGCGCGGCGUUAAGCGAUUGAGAUUGAUCAUCGACACGAACUGAAUUACAGUGCCAUCGUGUUAUUAUUUUAGGAUUAAAUGAGAGUUUCUCCGCGGCUCUUCGAGGCAGCUACCGAAGAUGUAAAUACAUAUGUACGAAUGACAGGUGCGCGAAAUGUGUGAAGCGAAUAUAUCACAGGAAAGGUAUGAAAAUAUAUAUUUGUCCUACAUUUUUACAUUUUUGCGAUCGCAAUUAUGCGCGUCGUGAUGCAAGUCGUUGCGUCAGGACGUUUUUAAAAGCAAAGGCGUGUAUCUGUGAUUCGGAAUUGCAUAAGAAGCCGGCUCCAGGCAAUGCGAUCACAUGCCAAAAAAAUUUAUAGAAAUAAAAUAUAUAUACAAUAUUAUAUAUAUUUCAUAUCAUAGAAAUAAGUUAAGACCCAGCUGGUCGUCCACUAGUGUACCCACCUGUUAUGUGAUGAAUUUUGCUGUAUUAAUUUUUAUGCAAUUAGAAUAUUAUGUGUGUAACAUCCAACGAACAUUAUUCAGUCGAGCGCGUCGCUCACAGCCGUAUUGUAGUUUUUGCCAGCAACGUUCUCCAGCAGCAAAUUAUUUGUAGCGACAAUAAAUAGGCCUUCUUUUUUCGUUCGUUUGCGGUGCCAGAGAUUGGCGUCCGAUCAGAGUGUCGAACUAGUCGAAUCCGUUUCGCCAUCGUGAACGCAAUCUGCCGUGAGAAAGAUCUCUCUUGAUCUAUCCUUAAUUUAUCGCGACAGACGUUAUCUCGAUUGAUGGAUAUUAAAUAUCCCCUUUUUUCCGGGAUACUCAACGAACGGCAAGAUUACGCAGAUUAUGCGAGUGGCAACGGUUAUGGUAAAGAUUUUUUUGUAGAUAUAAUGUCGCGUAAAACAAGAUCGAUCGCCACGUACGCCGAGGAAUCCGCUCGAGUUGUACGUAAUUAUAAUUAAUUGACGAGUGAUUCUCAGACACACACGUGCGUCCUAGUCAUUCGAUAGAUCGCCCAUGGAUGAGAAUAGGGAUCCCGAUCUCGCGAUUAAGCACGUAGUCGCGUUGACCACAUAUUGUUGUAAAUAGCAUUCCCACUUUUACGUAUUAGAUUUUAGUCGCGCGCGCGUGAAGGUGAGACCGUUCCCUGGCGAAAAUAAAGCGUAAAUUUAGACGUCGGAAUGUAAAUAAAGCAUAAGGAAAGUGUGAUGAAAGCGUAAGCGAUCUCUGUGUAAAGCGUAGAUUGGGACAUCGGAACGUAAGACACUUGUAUGAUGCUUGUACGACGUUUCAAGAAGCUUUUUAUUUUCGCCAGGGUUUUGAUGCCGUUUUUAGCUAGCGAUUUAUUACAACCGUUGUAUUAUACGUGCUAUUUGUACACUGGAGUGCCUAUGCGAAACAUUUACCCGCAUCUUUUUGUACGAAUUGUAAAAGUAUCUUGUUUAUCGUAACGGAAGAAUAAUACAUGAAGUGAAAUAUGUACA